CGUCGUCAUCUUAACGUUAGAACUUUUUUUUUAUUCUCUUAAUUGUUGAUAUUUUUUUGCGAUUUUUUUCUCUUCAUAUAGUUUAAUUAAUUACCAAAUGGACAAACCCUUUUUCUGUAAUUAGUUUACUUCUACUUAAUUGUUACUAUUAAUUACUGUCAACCAUUGGGUUAAUUUUGUGAGUUUCCAAUCAAAUUGUGAUUAAAGUGCCAAUCUUUUCAUCAACGAUUCACAAUUUUACAAUUUAAAUUGUGAAUUUAUAUUUGGAUUAAUAUUGUUUAUCACUCUUAUUGGAAGUUAAUUGUUUUUAAUUGAUCAUCUGAUUGAAAAUGAGAGGGAAAUUUAUCGGAUUAUUAUUGAUUACCUUGUUAAUCACUUCACAACAAUUAGUUAAUUGUCAAUCAGAAGAUGAUGAUGGAGGUGAUGGUCGAUCAUUUGAAGGCGAUGUUGAGGAAUCAAAUCAAGAUGGAAGCGGAAAUAAACAAGCGGCAAAGAAGGUCACUGAUGGAGAGUUAAUUGUUGACGCAAAGAAACAAACUGAGGCUAAAUUGGCCGAACAAGAAGAUUUAAGGCCAAAAUCACAUUUCACCGAAGAUCGAUUCACCCAAUUGUUUGUACCUCGAAACUCCCGACGAAAGUUGGUCUCCGCUCGAUACACUACAAAACCCAAGCCAACUUUACCUUCGUUCAUUAAGAAACCAAUAAGUGUCCCACCUCCAGAUUUCGAGGCUCCAGCACCUCGAGGUUCAUCUUCUUCAUCUUCUUCUUCACAAUCAUCAUCUUCAUCUUCAUCCAGAUCACGAACAACAUCAACAACAACGACCACACCUCGACCUGGACGAGGUCGCGGUCGAGGUUCAACAACCAGCACAACAUCAACAACCGAAUCAUCUUACAGAAGAGGAGUCUUCUCAACGAGAAAACCAGCAAACAAAUUGUUUCCCAAUCGAAAUCGAAACUAAUUAACCAAUUAACAAUUUAAUUCUCAACAAUUAAGGCCAAUACCCAAAAUCUUAAUCAUCUUCAUCUUUAAUUCAUCGCGAAAACAAACAAACAAACAAACAAAAGCCGAAAUAAUUUUUCUCACUUUUUCCUAUUUUUAAUCUUCUUUUUAAUUGCCUAUUCGAUUAAUCAACACAAUUUAAUCACAAUUAAAUUUACUUUUAAUCUGUUAA